UGUUGCCAAACGUUGAGUCUGAUACCAAAUAAGAGACAUUCAUCUAAAAGUUUAGAUCUCAGACAACCAAAAUCAGAAGCAGCGAAACUUAUAAUCCCAGCAGAUCAUAUACACUCUUGUAAUUCUCAACUUCCAUGGCCAUCCUCACCGAAUUAUCAGAAGAACAUGAAGCGGAAAUAACAUAUGAUGUUUUCCUGAGUUUCAGAGGGAAAGACACUCGUCUGGGUUUUAUGGAUCACCUCUACCAAGCUUUGGUGAAUGAAAACAUCUCUACCUUUCUUGAUGAGGAAGAGGUUGAAACUGGGGAAGAACUUAAACCAGAACUUGCAAGAGCUAUAAAAAGCUCCCGUGCUUCCAUAGUUGUGUUGUCUAAGAACUACGCAUCUUCAACAUGGUGUCUGGACGAGCUCGUGAUGAUCCUUGAGCAACGAAGGGUCUCUGACCAUAUUGUUCUGCCCAUUUUUUACAAUGUCGAGCCGGCACAUAUCAGGAAGCAAGAAAGCACUUUUGGAGAAGCCUUAUUUCAACAUAAAAAGAGAAUUGAGUCUGAAAAGGAUGUGGAGAAGAAAAUUCAAGGUGCUCAUCAGUUGAAGCUGUGGACGAAAGGACUUACAGAGAUUGUUGAUUUGAAAGGAAAAGAUGCAACUGGAAGAAGAGAGACGGAGGUCAUUGAAGAAGUCGUGAAAGAAAUUAGUACUAGACUGGAACUACACUUGCAAAGGAGAAUGAGAAUCCCACACCUAAUUGGGAUGGACGAUUCUAUUAAUACCAUCAGCUCCUGGUUAAAAAGAGGAUCUUCCGAAGCUGCUGAAAUUCUCACAAUUUGGGGAAUGCCUGGGAUCGGGAAAACAACAUUGGCAAAACAUAUGUAUAUGUUGCACUGCCAUGAAUUUGAAACAAGUAGCUUUGUUGAAGCCAUUGGAGAACGAUGCGCACAACAGACAUGUUCACAACUAGAUUUGCAAAAACAGCUUCUUGGAGACAUUCUCAAGAAAAGAAAUAUUGAAGAAAAUAAUGCAGAUUGGUGCACAUCUAAGGUUGAAAAGGCAUUAUCUAGGAAAAAGACACUUUUGGUUCUUGAUGAUGUAGAUAACUUUGAGCAACUGGAUGUGUUGAUUGGAACAAAAGGUUUUCAUCCAGGAAGCAAGAUUAUAAUAACAACCAAAGAUGGGUCCCUAACAGAAAAGUGUUCAUUGUUUUGUAUGAAAUUUCCUCCAGAACAUACAAAGCAUGCACUUCAUGGCUUAAGUGACACUGCAUCCACGAGACUUUUAUGUUGGCAUGCGUUUGGAAACAUUGAUCCCAAGAAAGGUUAUGAGAAAGAAGCAGAACACGUUGUCAAGUAUUGUGGAGGACAUCCAUUGGCUCUUAAAAUUUUGGGUAGUUCAUUAAUUAAUGAAGAUGCAGCCGCAUGGAGUGCUGUCCUUGAAAUGUUGGAGUCAAAAGGAUAUUUAAUUGAUGUACAAGAGGUUCUGCAAAUUAGCUUUGAUUCUUUAUCAGGGGACUGCAAAGAACUUUUUAAGCACAUUGCUUGCUUUUUUGUUGGAAAAGAAAGAGAAGUUACAGAAACAAUAUUAAAGGAAUGCGGGUUUCAAGCAUCAUAUGGGAUCACUGAGCUCAUUGAUAGGUGUUUUCUCGCAAUUGGAGAUGAUAAUGAGUUGACAAUGCAUCAGUUGCUUCAAGAGAUGGGGAGAGAUUUAGUCCGCAAAGAAUCACCUGAUAAGCCAUGGAAGCGUAGUCGUGUAUGGAAACAUGAGGAGUCCCUCAAUUUGUUAAAAAAUGACAAGGGUACCCAAAGAAUUCAAGGUCUUAUCCUUGACAUGAAUUUAUUCAGGGAAGAGACAUUACAUAGAUCAAUAAGUAGUGUGACAGAGCAUAACAUCCAAAAUGAUGUGAACAAGAGUUAUAGAGCUGCUCAACCAAUGCAGAUGGUCUAUGAGUUCUUUUUAAUAAUGUGGUUGUUUUUUGCUCGGCUUCUCCUAAUGCUUUCAUCUUCUCAUUGCAAAAAAGUGGAAUUGAGAGCAGAUGCAUUAAGAAAGAUGGAUAAGCUAAAGCUGCUCCAACUCAAUAAUGUAAAAAUCGAAGGAUCUUACAAGAAUUUUCCAAAAGGUUUAAGGUGGUUGUGCAUGCGUGGAUUCCAUUCAAAAUUCAUACCUUCAGACUUACCAAUGAAAAAUUUGGUUUCUCUUGACAUGUCUUACAGUAAUUUGACACAGCUUUGGAAGAAGCCAAAGGUUCUUGGGUCAUUGAAGAUUCUUAAUCUGAGUUAUUGCAAGCUUGUUAGAGUUGAAGGCUUCUCUGGGUUACCUGCACUUGAGAGGUUGUUUCUUAAAAACUGUAAAAGCUUGGUUCAUGUGUGUGAGUCAAUUGGUGGAUGCAAUAGCCUUGUUAUUGUUGACCUGAGCUACUGCAGUAAGCUUAGUAAUGUUCCAGUUAGCAUUAGCAAGUUAAAGAAUGUUAGAAGCCUAUCAUUAGAUGGUUGCUUAGGUGCUAGUGAAUUUCUAAUGCGGAUGAAGGAUAUGGAGUCAUAUGCAUUUUCCUCUUCUGUAGGAGAAUUUUUAUCGAAAAGUCCAAAAUCAUUUUUGCUACCUUCACUAGUAACCUUGUCACUUAAGGGAAAUAAUUUAUCUAAUGAGUCCUUUCCAAACGACUUCAGUAGCAUGUCAAUGUUGAAGAGAUUAUAUCUAAAUAAGAAUCCAAUUGAGUCCCUGCCUGAUUGUGUGAGAAGCCUUAGCAGGGUUGAGGUACUCGAUGUUGGAGAAUGUUGGAUGUUGAAGUCGGUAUUGUGCCCUCCACGUACAAUCAAAUAUCUGUCUGCUAAAUUUUGUUCGUCACUUAUUAAAAUAACAUUCCCUCAAGAAAUGUCGGCCCUACCAGAUGUGUAUUACCGAAAUUCGGAGUCAUUGACCGAAAUUAAAGGCAUAUUAAAAAUUGAAGCAAUAGCACAAACUGAUGAGCAGAUAUUAUGUCGCUUGGGGUGGACAAAUAUACGACAUGUAAAAGAUCACCAGGUCUGGAUAUGGGAUUUAUUCAUAUCGUCUCGUCCAAAGAAUCUCCCAAUCCAGAUGUUAUACGAAUUUGGAAUAUUUAGCACAUGUUUUCCUGGGAAAGCAGUUCCAGAUUGGGUACCUCAUAAAAGCAGCGGUUCAUCAAUAUCAUUUACCAUGCCAUCGUCUUCAAUGAAUAAAAAGAUAGAAGGAAUAAAUAUAAGCUUUGUGCAUACAUUUUCGGGAACUGGAAUGGUAAGUUCUUUAAGAACAAAAGUACAGAACGUGACAAAAAAUCGCACCUGGAUAUAUUAUGGUUAUAUAUUUGCUGUCCGAGAAGGUGAUGAAGAUAUAGUAUGGUUAAGCCAUUGGAUGUUUGGGGACAAUGAGAUUGAAAAUGGCGAUGAAGUUAGUGUCACCAUAGUAGAGGAAGAGGAAGAUGGUGGUGUAAUGGUAAGAGAGUGUGCCGUCAAUCCUGUGUACAAAGAUAGAGACAAUGAAAAAGAUCCUUUAAGUUAUUACAAGUCGUGGAAACAUAUCAUUGGUGGAGACCUGUCUGCUUUUCAGUUAACCUCAGGAGAUUACUUCCUAAACCAUGAUCGUUUUUUUAAUCCUCCCCAUAGAUUUGAAGACCUCUUUGAACAUAAAACAACUCAGAAUUUACUUGGCUAUACUCCCCAAUUUAAAGUCCAAAAGACAUGCUUGGGAGUGAAAGGGAACAAGGGGAAGCAGUUAGAGACCAAAGAAUGUAGAUUGAGGGACAAAAGCUUUCCUACUCGGCGAGUACACGAGCCUACUCGGCGAGUCCAUUGGAAUAUUCCAAAAGAUAAGCUAAGACUCCUGAUUUAAGGCGGAUAAUUACGAACCUACUCGGCGAGUUGGAUCUGCUACUCGUCGAGUACACCCUGUUUUGAGAUAGCUAUAAAAAUUGAGCCUUUAUCCGAUGGGACUACUUUUCUGGCGAUUUUGGAAGAUCCAUCUGCGAUUGAGAACCCUGGAAGGCGCUGAGGAACUCUAAUAUUCAAUCUCUUGAAGAAUCCAAGCAACUAGGUUAAUCAUUCCACUUAGCUUUAGGAAUUGAAUAUGUUUAAUCUAGUUAAACUUGUUUUGGUGUUUGUUUUUACUGCAACUAUGAGCUAAAUACGU